AUGGGAGACCAUCACUCAAGCCCGGGGCAAAAGACCUCUCGCAGUCUUGCCGAUAACGAGAGUCUUUCUAGCGUUAACAUCAACCGCAUCAUCAUGGGCUGUCGAGUUUGUCGGGCAAGAAAGGUCAAAUGCGAUGGACGACCCAACGGCUGUCGCAAUUGCGAACGUCUUCAACUCGAGUGUGUUGAUGACGACGGCUCAAAAUCGGGCAGUCGGCGUGGCUCAGUCCCUGUUUCUUUGAGAAAAAUCCGUACUUACCGAUCUUGUACGAGCUGCCGUGUUUCAAAGACCAAAUGCGAUGGCGACCGUCCGAGAUGUUCGCGAUGCUGCGCCCGUAAUCUAGAGUGCCAGUACGACGGAGGCUCGGCUCCUCGCUGGGCGCGCAAUCUCAGCAAAGCAUCAACUUCGGUCUCAAAUGAGGAAGAAUUGGAGUCUUCUCUGGAUGCGUCUUCAGUUACUGGAGAUAGCUUCAGGUCUCCAAGUCUCCUUCAAUCGCGGGACACUGAUGUCGCAGCAUCCCAUCGUUCCGACACCCGGGCCACCAAAGACCACGAUGCCAAGGCAGGCUUGAUAAGAGCUGCGGGUAAUAGUUGGGCACAAAAGUCCGAGUUGCUCGUUCUCACAAACUUUGGCAAGAUUUCAGUCCAGAGACUCAUGCUCAACGUCGAGUUCUCGCCCGACAUUCUUUGCGCAGAAGCCAACGAGUCCUCUCCACCUGCUGUUGAGAAGGAGAGUCGUCGAAGACUCAUGUGGGCUUGCUAUAUCCUGGACGCAUGGACGGGUAGUGGUGUUGACCAACUGACACUCCUUCGCGAAGCCGACAUCAAGAUCCAGUUACCGUGCAAUGAGCGUAACUUCAGACUACGGAUUCCAUGUGUGACUGAGACUCUCGGUGUAGGACACGUUUUGCAAUUCCUGCCUCCCGCUAUCGUUCCACGGAGACCGGCUGCCAACAUGGGAAUCAUGGCUUACUACAUCCGAAUCGUCACUCUUUGGAAACGGGUAGUCAGAUAUGUCAAGCAUCUGAACACGAGCCCGCCUCCAUGGCUUCCUGAGUCCGACUUUGCUGCCCUGGAUGCUGACCUACGAGCAUGGGGUCGACAUCUCCCCGAGUUCAUCUCAUACUCUACUGAUACCAUCUACGCUCGCCUUGAGUCUGAUCAGCUCGGUUCACUUGUCCUGCUUCAUUGUACUUAUCACCACAACCUCCUGGACCUCUACAGAAUAUCUAUGCCUGAACUUUUCAAGCUAAUUAAGCCCUUUUACUUCCCGCCCAACCAGGAGGAGUUCCUGCAGUCCUUGCAAGCAGAUUGCUUUUACCAUGCACAGCAGAUCGCUACCAUCUUGGCAGAAGCGGUACAACACGGUGCAAGAUACUUAGCUGAUAGUUUGCUACCGUGCUUCGCAUAUGACAGCAGUCGGGUAAUGUUGUACUACAUUGCAAGACUGCUUGAUCUCAGUAGGCCUGAUGCUGAGACCAUUGUCGUGGAUGCGAUCAAUGCUGUGGAAAGCAACAGUAAAAUCCUACGGACAAUGGCAGCCCUGUUCCCACUUGCCGACUCUUUGGCGACGACGACGGAGCGGUGGUUGGCUAAGAUUCGCAAAACCUUUGCGCAGGACGAGCAUAUGAGCGAUCGCCCUAUGCAGGGCGAUGAGGAAAGCUCGCCUAUUCUCUCCGGAAGCCCGGUCAUCGGCAGUCCUGGUGAGACUCUGGGAGCACUUGGAUUAGCACGUCUAGCUCAAAGCGAAAGUGGCGAUAUCAAACCGAUGGACCGUGACGCCUGGAACAAGACUGGAAAUGCAAGUCCGCCUUCUAGCAAGAUAGGAGCCGGAUCUGUCUCCGGGCGCCCACCAAACAGCCGGCCCGAGGAGACACCCGCGCGGUCCACACUACAACAUGAACAGCCCGUAUCUCAACGAACGCCUCCUGUAGCCACGACCUCUCAUAUGGACCAUCAAGCAGUCGAUCUCAGUGAUCUUCAGAAUUACUUAUCUUGGGACAUGUAUGGCAUCAUGGAGAUGAGCGAAAAAGGUCUCAAGGCGGGCAUAGAAGGCAAUGGAAUGCCAUCAUGGAGCGCGAUGUGAUCGGGAGAUCUCCGAAAACUUUGCUCGGAGACAUUGAUGAGACUCACUAUCCGAGAACAUCUUUCUGGACGCGGAACUUGAGCCCUUAUCGACGAGGCUGGGUUGACGAGGCAAUUCGGGUUACGGGUAGGGGGCUGGGGAACAUCGCCCAAUGAUCACCGCCACGAAGGUAAAGUGCCAUGACGGAGACGAAAGACUCCCCGAUCAAACGAAGGACACCGCCAUACUUGUUUAGUUCCAACGUCCCAAGCGACAAUUUCAAGGUGGUGUGGUGCACGGUCUCGACAACGGCCACCCCGACGACGCUCUAAGCUGCAAGCACCGGCAUGUUUUGACAGAAAGUAAGCUUGGACUUCGACAACAUGACCUGCAUUGUCAGUUAUGCAUCAAAACUCUAUAGACCAACAGGUACUUUAUCAUCACUUUCCUAUCCGUAGAAACUAUGGGCUUCGACUUCGGAGCUGGUCUUUGGUGAUGGAGGCUGGGUGGCCACUAUACGAGACAGUAUGCGUAUGCAGGCUUGGGCUCGAGAUGCCACAGCAGACUUGAGACACCACGAAGAUAAUGACUCUCUCAUGUCGUUCGCGUCUUUUUGCAGUGCAUUAGUUCGUUGGGUGUGCUGCAGUGUGCAACAGGGGGGCAAGGUUGUUAGUCU